AUGAAAGGCGCGACUAGUCUUUCUUUUCUUUCCCUUUAUUACCUUGGGAAAACACUUUACUAUGAAUCAAACAAGAAAUUGUUAUCUUAUUUGAAUAAUAUGGUUGCGUUAUCGGUCCUGAAUAUGUUAUCAGCGGUGCCAUUUUUUGCUCUAAAGUGGGUGUUAGGUUUGCAAUCACCGCCUGUGUUUUACCCCCUGCAAUAUACCCCUGAGAAGAUUAAUUUCAAAGUUGACGGCGUUUUGGGCUCUGUCAAGAAGACACUCAAAAACGGAGUUAACAGGGUGAAAUCGUACGUUAUGGCAUAUAAAACCGUCAUGUUACAGACGACCUUUUUGCUUGCCCCAAAGAUUCUUACAGAUUCAGCUUCCUUAUUCACCUUCCGAAACACAUUUUUUUUAAAUUUCUUGCAGACAAUGGAACCCGUUCUUACCUCACUUAUUUAUUACUUUUUUGACGACCUUAAGCUGGACACGAAGACCUAUUUAAGCUUACUUCCACUUGUUACUGGAGCUGCCUACGCCACUUAUUCCGGAGUUAGGUCCUCUUUUGGUGUGAUAGCUUAUUUUCUGCUCACAAACUUGGGGGUUUACUUUACAACUGACGAGAUGAAGGAGUUCUUAUCCCAAAAUAUGGACAAAGUUGGGAAGAACUUAACCAAGAGCAAUUUAAACUCCACCGUCACCAUAUCUUUGUACUUACUACUAUCAUUUGUCUUAGUGUCCGAGGGCUGUGGCUUUAGUUACGCGUGCGAUAAUUUGCUCAAAAGAAUAAAGGGUGGAGACUAUGAAAUUAUAAAGUAUAUAUUCCUUUCUGGGUUGUCUAACUACAUGAUGAAUACGGCCAGAUUCGGCCUCUUCUCUGAACUCUCGCCCAUUACCAAAUCAGUUGCAACUACCAUGUUGAAUCUAUUUAACUCUCUUGUGGUCUCAGUUGUAAGUGAAGGUAAACUAUCUAAAAACGAACUCUAUGGCACAGCCCUAGCAAUCGCAGGAACUUUUUUAUACCUACUCACCAAAUAA